AUGAGUACAACGUCAAUCGUCCUGCCGGGCGACCAAGUCCCCUCGAGCAUCCUACCUUCCACAGCAUCAACAACUCCCUUACGACUUGGCCCGGGCCUCCGAUUACUAGAACAACAGUCACAAGCCAAGACAAAAACCAACUCCUCCUCAGCACCUGUCAUCCAAGCCACACAAGCCGGACUACUCUCAAUAGACGCCAAUCGCAAAUCCGUUUCAGUCCAGACAUUUCCCAAUCGUCGCUAUAUCCCGACUGUCAAUGACCUGAUCAUUGCCCAGGUCCAGCGCUCGUCGCAGGACUUUUUCCAUUGUAUAGUCACACCACAUGCACCACUCGCGGUUCUAGGCCAGCUAGCCUUCGAAGGCGCAUCGAAAAAGACGAGGCCGAACUUGAAACAAGGCGAUUUGGUCUACGCGCGGGUACUUUCUACAGGCGUUGGUGCUGGCACAGAGGUCGAGCUCACCUGUGUGAAUCCCGCUACGGGAAAAGCAGAGCCUGGCGGUUUGGGAUUAUUAAGUGGUGGGAUGGUCUUUGACAUUUCUACAGGACUUGCUGCACGGUUGAUGAAGGCGAGCUCAUCUUCGUCCUCGGCAGAGGCUGCAUCGGUAGUCAUACUUGAGGAGCUUGGGAAGAAGUUUGAGAGUAAAGGGGGUUUUGAGAUUGCUGUUGGAAGGAAUGGAAAAGUCUGGGUGGAUUGUUCGGGUAGUGGUGACAUCGCUAUCAAGAUUACUAUUGCUAUUGGGAGGUGUUUAAAGGAACUAGAUCAGCGGCACUUGACUUCGAUAGAGCAGCGGAAGUUGGUAUCGAGAGUUUUACGAGAAUUGAACAUUGAUGCUUAA